CACACACACACACACACACACACACACACACACACACACACACCUUUCAGGCAGGGAGAUGAGCCUCCAGCCCCAACAGUGGAAGCUGCAGCCUCCUGACAUAGUAUCUGUUGAAAAGAAAGCAGUGUGUAUCUAUGGUUAUAUCUCUGCUCAUCUGUAUAUCUUUGACAUGUAGCAAAGCCUCUCCAUCUCAUCAAGGAACUCCACUGUGGUCUGGGUCUCCCCGGUCCCCAGUGGUGGACUUUGUCAGGUGGGAGGAUGCAGUGCUACAGGCUAUUUUGUUACAAAACCAUCUUCUCCUUUCCCCUCCAUCCAACUCAGCAUGAUCCCUGUGAGCAGGCUCUCACACACUCCCGGGACGGGGCUGAGGCAGAGGCUUCGCUCUAUUCUCCCUAACCGUCCGUCCCUUCUGCCUCCCCUGCCACUUAGCAGUUAUCCCCCCAGCCAUGCCUUCUCCCUCUCUCCCUCGCCAUGACAUAUAUUGUGCCUUAUUUAUGCUGCAAAUAUAACAUUAAACUAUCAAGAGAACCACUGUUAUGUCUGAUGCUUCAGUACUCUGAUCUACAAGUCCCAUUGUCCUCCCUUUCUGGGAACUCAUUGGGUUUUCAUGUCUGUGAUCUUCCUCACUCGCCCCUUUCUUAGGACAGAAGGAGCCGGGAUUCUUAUCCCUCCUUUUUAUGCAGUGAAGACAUAGUCUAGAGAAGGUGGGUGGUUUAUAUAAAUUACAUAACACAACAGAAAGCACAGGGACCAGGGCUCAGAUGUGUCUACUGCCCUGGGGACGAGGGCCCUUGGCAUCAUGGGAGCACUCACUAGAGGACUUGUGUGCUUUAAGUGGAUGGGGAUGGAACAGCGUUUUCAGUGUUUUGUCCCCAACCCCUCCCAACAAUUUUUUUUUUUUAAAGACAACGUAAGUUCUAUCCUUAUGAAGUUUCCAGCAUGAUUGGGGAAUGCACACAGACUGAAAGAGCAGCUUUCUAUGAUUCUAUGAGAUCUAUGGGUAUGGGGGGAAGUUGGUUAGAAGCAGGUGAGAGAGAGUUCCCAAGACAACAGGUAAUGCUUAGGAACCGUAUGGAGUAAGGUGUAGGGCAGUCACUACAAAUUUCUUGCAUCUGUGUAUUCCUUGAUAAUUACCACAAGUGAGGAGAGUAAGCCAGGCUGAAGGACUUGACCAGGAGAUAGCAGGUGCCUCCGAAGGUUUCUCAGUGGGAAUGAAGUGAUCUAAGAAGCUGUUUUUGGUUGAUGUUCGGUAUAAUUGACAAAUAGGGAGACUGAGUCUCCUUAGGAGAGUGGGAAAUACAGUGGUGGUCUUCACUGUGUUGUGGUCAGGAGCACAUGGAGGUCCAGAGAGGGAGUUACUGGAAGCCAAAUACUGAAGCCAAGAUUAAGAGGUUUGAGACUCUGAAGGCAGGGCAGUUUCCCAUGUUAGCAGAAUUCAUUCAUUCCAACACCAACCAAAGGAGAGACCAGUCACCUCCAUCCUGGACGUAGGAAGCCCUUUCUCGGAGCAGCCUCAGCUCAGACACAGUUGUAACUGGUGAUUAGAGAAAUAGUAGAGAGGGAAGCCUCAGGGUGGUAAACAUUUAUUGAGUGCCUGCUCUGUGCUAGAUGGAAUGCUAGGUGCCACACGUCACUUACUGUUUCCAACAGCCUCUUGAUAACAGGAACAGUUGCCUCAUUUUAUUGAUGACGACCCGAGGUUUAGGUUAAGACACUUGUCCAAGGCACACAGUGAAGUGCAAGAGCUGGGAUUAAAACUGAGUUCUGUCUGACCCCAGAGCCACUCUCCACAGUGCCCCCUCCUCCCUGCCCCUUGCUCCUCUGGACUUCUGUCAGGUGAGAACAGACAAGGACCUCACUGUGAAGCAGGAUCCAUUUGCCAUAGAAGAACCAUCUAUGGUCUUGAUGCUCCCUCUUAAGAAAUGGUGAAACUACAAGAUGUAAUGAUGAUGAGUGUCAGGUUCAGUGCCUGAGACCAGCCAUGAAACAAAGCUUACAGAAAGGUGCCUGCUAGCUUAGGCUGCAUUAAUAGAAAUGUAAUAUCUAGAACAUCUAGAUCAAAACCUGCUCUAAUCUACCUAUCCAGAGAACGAAUUGGUUUGUAGAUACCUUACUUUAAGGGGUGGGGUGGGGGGGGCGUGGAGUGGGGGGAAACUUCCUCUUGAAUAAAAAAAGAAGAGUGGAAGAAUGAAAUCUGUCUUCACACCCGUGAAAGGCACACAUGAAAGAAACAAGAUGUUCUGUGAGACUUAAUGAGGUAAACUAAGACCCCUGGGUGGAGGCCACAAGGAGGCGGACAGCAGCUUGGUGCGAGGAUAAAUCUGUCUGAAGGCUGACUCAGGAGAUGGUAAGUUCCCCGGGACUAGGGUGUGUAAGGCUCAUCACAGCUAACGUUUUUGAGGACACUUGCUCUGUGUCAGGUCCUGUACUGAAUGGAUUACAGAAAGUAUCUCAAAUAAUGCUCACCCUAGGAAGUUGCUCCUUUUAACGUUGCCAUGUUUUAAGUGAAGAAACUGCAGUUUGAGAGAGAGACAGCUUGCCCAAGGCUGAUUCACAGGCUCUUUACAUCAUGGCACCUCUCCAGCCUAGGCUAGAGAACCACUGAGAUGGGGGUGCUGAGAAAGGGAUUCUAGGAUCAGAAGGGGAAGGGCACCAGAUGACUUUGAAGGACCCCUUCCUGAGAGGCAGGUAUUUCCUAAGGCAAGAUUCUAGUCUCCUGCCCCAAUAGGUCAGAGCUAGGCAGAGGUGGGGGGACUACAGGGAGGAGGACAAAAUGUCCAACCCCAGUAUCCUGUCCUGCCUCUCUGGGACUCCUUCGAGUCGGGCCUUAGGAACCUCCAUCCACCUUAUCCUUCUUCAAAGAGCUUUAGUCCAGAAAUAGGAACUGGCCAGACCAGGCAGUGCGGAGCUGUGGCCACAGGGUGGCAGCAGUGCUUCAGCUAUGGAGGACGGCUCCCUAGGCGCAGGUGAGACGGGUCCUCAACUGCUCUGUAGUGAAGAUGGAGUCCGUCUAUGAGGUUUUGAAGCAAUCCUCAUUUUCUUUGGGUUCUGAAACCUUUUAGUCUCCUUAUGUAUCUCACUUUUUACCCACAGGCAAAUCUCAGAGUAGUGAUUCUAUUUGUAAACCCUCCAAGAGGUACAUAUACAGGGGUGUGAAUGGGCUGGGCGACCUUAACUGCACCACCAGUCAGUGGAGGGACCAGGCUGGCUCUUCCUGGCUGUGUCCCUGGCUUUUCACCCCCUCCUGUUCCAGGACACAGUGCCUAGCUCUUCCUGACAGGACUUUUUUUUAUGCUUUUAUUCUACAAUUAGGAAAGAGGAGGUGAUCAAUUGGAGCUCUCCAACCUGUUGAGGGAUUGGGGGUUCUUGAAGGCCCCCCAGGGCCUGGCUCUGACAAAGCGUCUGCAAUUAAUGAUGCUUCUUGAGCUCUGGAGACAGGAUUUAUGCAUCUAAUAAAGUCUGUAACUCCAGGCUUGGGGCUGGGGCCGGAGGCUGAGAGCAGGAAGUCCCUGGGGGGCCAUGGGAGGAGGGUCCCAGGGGUUCUUAAUGGAGCCGUGCAUUUCCAUUGCCAGCUCUAGAUUCUCCCUCAGGCUGUUGUAGGGGUGGGGGACAGGGGGACAGCAGGUAUAAGAGGCAGACGUGGCCUUAGGAAGGCAGAUGACAGCAUGGAUUCCAGGCAGGCGGCAGUGCUGCUGGUGGUGCUGCUGUUAAUAACAGACUGGGGCCACGCUGCAGGACCAGGGGCCUGGGAUGGAGACCAGAUCUUCACGGUAAGUUAGCACCACCACCACCCCCCAUCCCAUGUCACCAUUUUUCUCUACCCCAGCUGGAGACUGUGCUCUAGGUGUAAACACUCUAGUAGCCAGGGUCCUCAUUGGGUUCUCACAUCUGAGGCAAUGGCUCCUCGGCCUCCUACAACUUGACCCCGAAAGCCGCAUCCUUCUCCUUUGUGAUCUAAAUGCCGAAGGUCUUUGCCCAUCUUCCCUCCUGCAUGUCCCUGUACCACAGGAGGAAGACACUGGACCCCGCCCACCGCAGGAUGCUCAGACCCCUGGGUCGCUCUUGCGCUCCCUGCUCCAGGCCAUGAAGAGACCUGACCGGAGCCCAGCCUUCCUGUUUCAGCCCCAGAGGUUUGGCAGAAAUACCCGGGGUUCCUGGAGCAACGAACGGCUGAGUCCCCGAGCUGGGGAGGGACUGAGCUCCCCGUUCUGGAGCCUGGCUGCUCCUCAGCGCUUUGGGAAGAAAUGACAUGUCAUCCCUUGAUAUGUUUGCAUGUAAGGCCCACACACAAAAGUGUCAUGUGUCCUCCCAAAUAAAGCUGCCUCCUGGCUUCUGAAUCCA